AUGUCUGUCACUUUUUUGAGUGUUACAUUUUCUACUUCUCUAAAGAUCACGCCUGCUAUUUCUUCAGAUGUCAUGUCUACUGCUUUUCCAGAUGCUAUGUCUACUAUUUUACUGGAUGUUAUGUCUGUUGCUUCUAUGAAUAUCAGGCCCAUAUUCUUGGCCUCUGUGGACAUUUCUCCUUUAGUUGUUACAACUUUAAAUCUUUUACCUGAUGAAAAACGAUGUUUAUUUUAUAAUGUAAAGGGUUUAUUGGAAAUUCCAAUAGAUGAUUUUGAUAAUAAUAGGAUAAAGCAGUCAAAGGCCAUUAGAACUUUAGUUGAAAAUGAGGUAAUAAAAAAUUAUUCACCUCCAGAAAUCACAGCUGCCAUCAAAGAAUAUGCAGCAAUUAAGUUAGAUCUUGGCGCAAGUGUCGGAUAUCUUGUAGAAAAUUAUGAUGUACCUCAGCAGUUCACUAAAGAUUCGAUGCAUAAAACUAACCGGUAUAAUUGGCAUCUGUUUACUCUUUACAUCUGUGAUACUUUUGAAUAUUGGAAUGUGGAAGCUCACUUUUUCGUAAGUAAUGAGGAUGAAAACACAAUUGCUAAGGCAUUGUUAAUUAUUAAUAAUAAGUAUUGUCGCUGGUCCCCUUGUUAUAUGCUUUUAGACCAAAGUAACAUUGAGGCUAAAAGUAUUAGACAAGUUUUUCCUAGUAUAAUAGCUGGUGCCAUGCAUAGCAUUGUUAAUGUUGAUUGUAAAAAAAGGUCUGAUUCUGAAAAUGCCACCUUUGACUAUCAUAUUAAAAAAGUGUCUGCUUAUGGUGUUGAAGACAAAAUUCUUAAGGAAAUCUACAAGUUUCCACUUUCAUUUCAACAUCUACUUAUUAAAGAGGCCUGUGCUGUAAUAAAUAGACUUGAAAAAAGAAAAGGUCAUAUUUUUUAUGAACACAUGUAUGGUAAUAACUUGUUAACUGCUGAUGUAUGGAAAAAGUUUCAAGAAAUGUUUGAAGAAAGUGGGUUUGAGGUGUAUAUAAGUUGGGAAUCAUUGGUGAAAUAUGUACAGAGUGAGCAACAAAGAAGUGCUGAAAAUCGAAGAAUUGCAGUAAUUGAAUUGACUGAAAGAGUGCAUGAUAAGUACUGGUAUAUUGAAGAAAUGAGCAAUAUUGAAAGGGUGGAAUCUUAUAUUUCUAUAUUAGAAGCCUCCUUAAAUCCGAUUAUAUUGCAAUUUAAUUAA